UUGCGGUCACAUCACCUCGGCUUUGCCCUCUCCCUUUAUAGGGACACAGGGAAUUCUUGAUUGUUUGUCCUUAUUUGCGUUGCGUCCGGGUCUCACAUUCCAAAGUUGCACACCAGAUAGCCAGGUCGUCCGUCUAUUCUCCCCUCGACUUUCAUUCGUCAUCUUCCUCCACCGACUAUUCUUACAUACCGUCAAAGUCACACACCGACCUCUAUGAAAGCAGAGUUAAGGUAGACCGCCUAGGUUAUCGACCUCGUUGGAAAUGGAGCCUGUUCCCGAAACUGAGAGGAUGGAGGAAUUCCGCUCCUCUCCUCUACCUACGCUACGUCUACACCAGCCUACUGCGAUUAACACCAGUGACUUGGAUCUCAACCGGAAACCUGUCAAUACUCGUCGUUCUACCGAACCCCCCUCUCCAAGUUCGCCGUCAUGGGCUACUGCCUCUCUCCCGUACCGACCCCGAACCACAUCACCUCUUUCGGGUGUUCAUACUCGAUCCAAGUCAGUUGCAAGUCUCGCACCACCGACUAUAGGCCGAACACGAUCUAUGCCCGGCGUUGAUGGUUCAGGUCGUAUUAUCUAUCCGCCGACGCUCCGCCCGGAUAGUCCUUCGGGCUCUCCUAGCAGAAACCGAGCGCCACGAAAGGCGGUUGAUGAAGCAUACCCUCCAACCUCGCCUAUCCGAUCUACUGUCCUCGAAAGUGAGAAACGUCACACCGAGUUAAGCAGCUCCUCUAACCCCGGCAUCACAACUUUCAGUAACCCGACUCAUCGACGAACAUCGUCCCCUCUACGAUUUGCGGCUUUCUCAACAUCAAGCAGCACUUCCUCCUUGCCCGGGACACCAUCGGCCACGGCUAGCUCUCCUUCGUUCAAGCCUGAGGGUCUAUCCAAUAGCUACAGCUUCCCCUCAUAUUAUCCAUCAUCAUCCAUCCCAUCUACUCCAAGCUCCAUGAGGUCCCGUAGCCCUAGCAUCUCAAGUCUAGAGACUAUUCCCGACUCUCCCGAUGCUGAGGAAGCCGCCUUAGAGGCCGAGAGAAUUGCCCAGUUGAAGGCUGCAGCAGAUGCUGCCGAGGAUGGAGAUUCCGGAGAUGCAAAGGGUCGGGGCAGUCUAGACGUACCUACCCGUGGUAGAACCCUAGGCAUCGGAUCAAGAGAUAAGCGCAAGCGCUGGAGUGUUUGUGGAGCUGAGCGACGUGGUGAUCUCGAUUUGGAAACCAUUUGGGAGGAUUAAGAAUUUUAAUUGAAGGGACCGCUACAUUACGACACAAAACAAAGCAUCGGAAGGCAGGGCCCUGGUCUGGUUUGCAAGCAUAUUUGAUUUUUGGUCAGGAUGGACACAGUUAGGCGUUCUG